AUGUUAAAUAAUGCAAAAAAGUAAAUAAGUAGACCUAGAAAGGGCCAAAAAUAAAGAAACCUAAAAGAUAAAACAAAUUGUAAGAGUGUUAAUUUCAAAUCCAAUUAGGCGGCAUGUUAUGAAUAAACUACAGCAAAGAAAGUAAAGAAUGAUAAAACUAUUUCUCGCCUUAUGAUUGAAGAAAUUCCUUUCGCAUAAAAAAGAAUUCAAUAGAGAAAUUCAUAAAUGUAAGAGAAUAUGAUUUGCGAGGGGCUUUCUAAAAAUUAAUUUCCAUUUACUUUAAAUAACUCUUUAGAAGAUAAUACUUAAGAAAAGGAAUCAGAUACUUUGAUUGAGUUUAUGAGAGAAUAAGUAAAAUUUGAAGAAAUUUAUAGUUAUUAAAAAAAUUACUUAAACAACUAGAAUGAAAUUUAAAGUCAUAUGAUUGCCAUUUUAUUUGAUUGGUUGGUUGAUGUCGCACAUUCCUUUCAUUUUAAAAGGGAAACCUUUUAUUUGUCUAGAAAUUAUAUUGAAAGAUUUCUUCACAAACAACCAAAUGUUUCAAUCACUAAAUUCUAACUUAUUGCAGUAGCUGCCUUAUUCAUAGCUCAUAAAUUUGAAGAAAUCUAUCCUAAAACAAUAAAGGAAUUUCAUCGACUUAUCUAAGAUUUACAUACAAUUCAAGACAUAGAGGAGAUGGAAGUUACAAUUUUAAAAUGCUUUGAUUUCAGAAUGAAUCCAAAUACUCCAAUAUUUUGGUUGAAUUACUACACAAAAUUAUGGGAUGAAUUUAUUAUUGAUAAAUAACUCAAUGCCUCAUUGAAGGAGAGAACUACUGAAUCUUAUUAUAGAUAUAGAGAAUUAGUCUAAUUGUUUGAUGUCUGCCUUAUAGAUUAUAGAUUUAAGAAAAAUGAAAAAUUGACCGCUUUGAGUUUAAUCUAUUUAGUUAUUGCAAAAUCUUUACAAAUAUUUGAAGAUUAUAGAACUUUGGCUACUUCUCAAUCGAAAAUUAAACAAUUUUUCAAUUCAGAUCAUGAAUAUAAUUAAAUAUUCAGAUAAUUUAUAGAAUAAUCAGAUUUAUAUUUACAUUUUGAUUAAAAAAUAGAGUAUGAAGACUUAAAAGAUGUGGUUUAUGAGACUACCUAAUAUUUCAUACUUAGAUUUGAUAAUACGUUGCCAAGAGUAUUAGUAAAUAAUCAGGAUUUUAUAGAUGAAUUGUAACAUGAAGAGUUUCUCUCAUUCCAAACAUACAAUAGAAAUACAAUAGAAACUAUAAAUUUCCUCUUAACAUAAUAAUAAUGA